UAACGUCCCUUUCCUCACUGCCAAACAAAGCUACAAUAUUCCUGCAAGCAAUCUCCCCUUUUCUUUCUAUUUUUAAUAAAUGAGAUGAAAGCACAAACAGAAACAUUACAGAUCGAUACACGUACAACUGGUUGUAAAUGUAAUCUCCAUACUCCCACCAUUCAAAGCCCAUCCCUUCCUUUUAUUAACUCUUUCACCAUAUUUCUUCUAGCUAUGCCAUAAUACCUGUCAAUUGAGAUUGAGCACCAUCUCAGUCAAUACUAUUUGUAGUUUUCAUUGUUUUCAUCCUACUGAAUUCCAUAUUUCGUCGUUUCGUCCUUUAAUUAGCUGAUUGAAUGGGUUGUAUUAAAAGCUAUUAAAAGUUGUUGAGUGGGUUGUUUUAAGCUAUUGGUGGAAGACCCUUAUCUCAAAUUAUCUGUACAAGUCUCCCUCCUCUGUAUUAACCGACCCGUAUUUAUGUUCAAGACACAGACAAAAUAAGCUUUCACUUCAGCUGCACGUAUAUUCUCUCCUUUACUGAACGUUUGUUUGAUCAAUUGGAGAAGUCGAUCUCUGACAUCUUUGCCUUUUCUAAAUGGGAAAGUGGGGUGUUGUUAUUUUCUCUCUUCUGUUCUUUUCUUCUCUGUUUCUUGGAACAAUAGCAGCAGUAGCUUCAAGAACAGAAGGAUCAGAGGAAUGGGGAUUUGUAGAAGUCAGACCCAAAGCCCACAUGUUCUGGUGGCUUUACAGAAGUCCCUACAGAGUUGAGGAUGCCUCCAAGCCAUGGCCUAUCAUCCUUUGGUUGCAGGGCGGCCCUGGUGCUUCAGGAGUUGGGAUAGGGAAUUUUGAAGAGAUUGGGCCAUUAGACACCGAUUUGAAGCCGAGGAAUUCGACAUGGUUGCGAAUAGCUGAUCUUUUGUUUGUGGAUAAUCCAGUUGGAACCGGAUAUAGUUUUGUGGAGGAUGACAAACUGUAUGUGAAAACCGAUGAAGAGGCAGGAAACGAUUUAACCACAUUGUUGGAGAAGUUAUUCAAUAAAGAUGAGAGCCUCCAAAAGAGUCCCCUGUUCAUUGUGGCAGAGUCUUAUGGUGGGAAAUAUGCUGUCACUCUUGGACUGUCAGCACUAAGAGCCAUAGAAGCCGGGAAAUUGAAGCUUAAACUGGGAGGAGUUGUAUUAGGAGACAGCUGGAUCUCCCCAGAAGAUUUUGUGUUUUCAUGGGGUCCUCUUCUCAAAGAUGUCUCGCGGAUUGACAACAAUGGCCUGCAGAAAUCAAACAGUGUAGCUCAGAAGAUUAAGCAGCAAAUUGAGCAAGGUCAGUAUGUUGAUGCAACCAAUUCAUGGAUGGAACUUGAGUCAGUGGUUGGCAGGAGCAGCAAUAAUGUGGACUUCUACAAUUUUCUAUUGGAUUCGGACGACGAAUCCAUAAUAGCCACAGAAUUAUCAAAAGGGAUUGCAGUAAGAAGAUAUUCAAGAUAUUUGAGUUCCUUAAGGUUAAGGUCUACUCCUGGUGGUGGUGGUUUGGAUGGCUUGAUGAAUGGCGCCAUUAAAGAAAAGCUUAAGAUUCCAGAAAAUGUGACGUGGGGAGGGCAGUCAGAUGAUGUUUUCACAGCGCUGGAAGGCGAUUUCAUGAAGCCUAGGAUUAGUGAGGUCGAUGAGCUCCUUGCUAAAGGGGUGAAUGUGACUGUGUACAAUGGGCAACUUGAUCUUAUAUGUGCAACCAAGGGGACACAAGCAUGGAUUGAGAAGCUCAAGUGGGAAGGGCUACAUAAUUUCUUGAGCACGGUCAGAACCCCUCUCUAUUGUGGGGGGAAAAGAAGCACCAAAGGUUUCACUAAGUCGUACAAAAACCUACACUUGUAUUGGAUACUUGGAGCAGGCCACUUUGUGCCUGCUGAACAGCCCUGCGUUGCAUUAAACAUGGUGGGUGCCAUCACGCAGUCGCCAGCGGCUACUACGUAGACAAGCCAGUAGCCAGAGAGUAGAAUAAACCAAACAAGAAAGAGAGGUCUGGUCAGAUAUGUUGGGUGGCAGAGUCAAAAAGAAGCAAACCAAAGAGUAGACUGAGAGGACAGAAAGAUUUAUUUCACCCUUGUUAUUUCAAGUGACUAUCUUACACCAAAGAAUAAAUGAAAUUUUUCUCUUUUUUCUUUUA